GUUUUAUUGUAUUGACAUAAGCGACCAUAUCCUGGGUUAUUCUUUAUUUCGCUUCGUUUCGCAACCGUCUUGAAAGCAUGGACCUGUAUGAAAAUCACGAUGAUGGUCCAGGAUUUGUGGGGAUAAGAUUUUGUAAAGAAUGCAACAACAUGUUGUACCCAAAAGAAGACAAAGAGAAGAGAAUAAUGGUUUACGCUUGCAGAAACUGUGACUAUCAACAGAUUGCAGACAAUCCUUGCAUUUAUGUGAACAAGAUUACCCAUGAAGUGGAUGAGUUGACACAGAUCAUUGGUGACGUCAUUGCAGACCCUACCCUACCACGGACAGAGGACCAUGUCUGUCCCAAAUGCAAUCACAAAGAGUCUGUGUUCUUCCAAUCACAUAGUUCAAAGGCUGAGGAAGGGAUGCGACUUUACUACGUGUGUACAAACCAGCAGUGUGUUCACCGGUGGACAGAAUGAAUGGAUAUUAUCAUUUUAUUGCCUUCAGUUAAGAUGCUAGAAGGAAGGAAAAGAUAAAGAAACAUGGCAGUGUGCAAAGAAAACAAUUAGUGAAUCAUGGGAGAUUAUCCAGGUGCCAUGUUCAUAUUCCUGUAAACUUUGAUUUUAUAACUUUAAUUAUGUCUUGAUUACACAUUAUGUCAUUACAGUUUGGUGAGAAUCUGUAUCAGUAGAUUAAGAGAGUUGAAUGUGCGAGAAUGAGUGAAAGUUCAUCACAUAUUUUUUUUUUAAAGUAACAAAAAUAAACAAGAUUAUCUAAUG